AAGCCUGCAUGUUAUAAUAUUUGACCUGCAGCCUGUUCAGGUUCUGAAGAACUCAAAUUCCCAACCUUUUGUUGCCCCUAAGGUUUCUCAGCAGGUGUUGCAGCAGAACAACAAAACAAACUGGAAUUAGCCAGAAACGAACUGAACACAAUUCAGCAACAGACGGACUAUGAAUGGCUUAACUGACUGGUUGGAACAAAACCGCAUUCAGCUUAAUUAGCAACACAAUAUGGCAUACAUAAAAGAAGAGUUGCUGCAUACUCUUGAAAACUUGGUGGAGGAGGACUUGAAACUUUUCCAGUGGCAUCUAAUCAACACUAUAGAAGGUUCCACUCAGAUUCCAAAAGUUCACCUCAAGAAUGCAAAGAGACAUGAGACUGUGGACAAGAUGGUGGCGAGACUGGGUGACCAUGAAGCUGUGGAGGUCACACUGGAUGUCCUGAAAAAGAUCAACCAGAACCAACUGGCUGAGGAACUGAGGACCAAAUACAGAGCAGCUAUUAUCUGGGCAAAUCCAAGGUUAAAGGAAAACUUAAAAAAGUAUUUUCUGGACAAAUUUGCAUGGUUGUCUGACAGAACUUCACUAGAAGAUGACUCUUUGCUUUUAAAAGACAUCUACACUGAAAUCUAUGUGACUGAAGGCUGCACAGGAGGAGUGAACACUGAGCAUGAAAUAAGACAAAUAGAGGCCAUUUACCCCAAAUCAAAAGAAACGCCAGUCAGAUUCAGUGACCUUUUCAAAGUACAGUCUGAUCAAAGCAUUCAUGGUACAAAGGUACUUACAGUGGGAAUAGGUGGAGUUGGAAAAACAGCCACUGUACAUAAGUUUAUUCUUGAUUGGGCUGAGAACAAAUCCAACCAGGAUUUAGAUUUAGUUUUUUUCCUUCCUUUUCGAGAACUGAAUGUGAUUAAAGGUGAAGAAUACAGCCUUUUGGAUCUUCUGAAUUACUUCCAUUGUGAACUCUGUGACGAAGACGAAAUGAAGAUGCUGAAAUUUAAUGCUAAUAUGAUUAUUAUAUUAGAUGGAUUGGAUGAAAAUAAAAUUCAACUAGAUUUUAAUCAGAAGAAAGUAUCUAGUGUCACACAGAAGACCACUCCUGAUAAGCUAAUAACAAACCUCAUUAAAGGAGAGCUGCUUCCCUCUGCUCUUAUCUGGAUAACCUCUCGACCAGCAGCAGCCAGUCAGAUCCCGUGCGGGUACUUUCAUUUUAUUACAGAAAUACGUGGAUUUGAUGAUUCACAGAAGGAGGAGUACUUCAAGAAGAGAAUGAAUAAUGACCAUCAAGCCAGCAGAAUCAUUUCACACAUUAAGUCAGUGAGAAGUCUUUACAUCUUGUGUGACAUUCCUGUCUUCUGUAAAAUUGCAGCCACUGUGCUUCAGAAAGGGUUGGAUGGCACAGCCAUGGAAAAUGCUCCUACAACUAUGACAGAAAUGUAUACUCAUUUCUUGCUGUUUCAGACAAGGCAGAAGAGUGAGAAAUACAGCAGAAAGGAAAAUGAGGACAGUCCAGUUCCACCAGUUGAGAGAGGCAGUCUAAAAGAGUCAGAUAUACUGAAGCUUGGAAAACUAGCCUUUCUUCAGUUACAAAAGGGGAAACAAAUUUUUUUUGAGAGUGAUCUGAAAAAAUGUGGCAUUGAUGUCAAUGAGGCUGCAGUGUACUCUGGAGUUUGCACACCGUUUUUCAAGAGGGAGGGGAAGUUAUUCAGCUUUGUGCAUUUGAGUUUCCAGGAGUUUCUUGCAGCCGUAUUUGUAUUCCUUACGUUUGCCAGUUGUACACACAACAAACUUCUUCAAACCAUACUGGAGAAAAUCAAAUGGAUGUUUAGACAUAAACUGGAUGAUCUCCUGAAGACAGCCGUAAAAAAAGCCAUGGAGAGUAGAAAAGGACACCUGGACCUUUUUGUCCGCUUCCUUCUUGGGCUCUCACUGCAGUCCAAUCAAAGGCUUCUCAAGGCUCUACAUCCAGAACUGGAAAUCAAAGAGGAGAGUUUAAAGGACACCACAGAUUACAUUAAGAAAAAGAUCAAGAAGACUAAAUCUUCUGAAAAGAUCAUCAAUCUGUUCCACUGCCUGAGUGAACUGAAAGACAGCUCCCUGACAAGUGAAAUCCAGGAUUACUUGAACUCUGUAGAUUUCACAGCAGAGGAAUUCUCACCUACACAGUGGUCAGCUCUGGUGUUUGUGUUGCUGAUGUCAGAGGACGCUCAACAGAGAUUUGAACUAAAGAUAUACAGACCGUCAGAUGAAGGACUAAGGAGACUACUGCCAGUGGUGAAAAACACAAGACAAGCGCUGUUGGAUCAUUGUAACCUCACUGAGGAUAGCUGUAAAACCCUGGCAUCAGGUUUCAGCUCAACACUGAAAGAGUUGGACCUGAGUAAUAACAACAUGUGGGAUUCAGGCGUGAAGGAGCUCUGUGUAGGACUGAAGGGUGCAGACUGUAAACUGGAGAAGCUCAGAUUGUCUGGCUGUUUGAUAACAGAAAAAGGCUGUUGUUUCCUUGCUUCAGUACUGGCAUCAGUUUUCAGUUCAACGCUGAAAGAGUUGGACCUCAGUAACAAUGACCUGAAAGAUUCAGGUGUGCAAGAACUCUGCAAAGGAUUGGAGAAUUCCCACUGCAAACUGGAGAUACUCAGAUUGUCUGGUUGUUUGGUCACAGAGAAAGGCUGUUCUUAUUUGGCUUCAGCUCUAAGUUCAAACCCCUCACACUUGAAAGAACUAGAUCUGACCUACAAUCACCCAGGAGAUUCAGGAAUGGAGCUGCUCUCUGCUAGGCAGAAGGAUCCGCAUUGCAGACUGGAGACAUUCGGGGUGGAACAUGCUGGAGAGAACAGAAUUAAACCAGGCCUAAGAAAGUAUGCCUUCAAAAUCACACUGGACCCAAACACAUCACACACACAGCUCACUGUGUCUGAGGGUAACAGAAAGGUGGUGUAUGUGCGAGAGCAUCAAUCUUAUCCUGACCAUCCAGACAGAUUUGAUGACCUUGAGCAGGUGCUGUCUAAAGAGAGUCUGAAUGGACGGUGUUACUGGGAGGCAGACUGGAGUAAUGAGGCUGAAAUAGCAGUGACAUAUAAAGGAAUUCACAGGAAAGGCAGUAGUGACGACUGCAUGUUCGGGCUGAAUGAACAAUCCUGGAGUCUGAUCUUCUCUAAUAACAGUUACUCUGUCUGGCACAAUCAGAAAAGAACGAACAUACCUAACCCCACCUCUCCCUCCAGUAGAGCAGGAGUGUAUGUGGACUGGCCAGCCGGCACUCUGUCCUUCUACAGUGUCUCCUCUGACACACAGGCCCUGACCCACUUAUACACAUUCCACUCCAAAUUCACUGAGCCCCUCUAUGCAGGGUUCAGAAUUGGUCCUGACUCCUCAGUAUGUGUGUGUGAGAUAUAAUUGCCUCCUGUGUCCUAGAAGAAAGCCUGAAUCACUCACUGCCUCACACAUAACUACGAAGCCUUGGUGACAUGCCAUAUACACUCACCGGCCACUUUAUUAGGUUCAGUUGCUUGUUAACACAAAUAGCUAAUCAGCCAAUCACAUGGCCGCAACUCAGUGCAUUUAG